CAGAAAAUGUCGUAAGGUCACACGCUCUAAAAAGCUUUCAAUGAAAAGCUUACUUGCAAAACUUUUUCAGGCUUUUGGCGUAAGCUCAUGCUGCAAAACUAAAAGCUUUUAUAACUUUCGGAAUUAAAACAAAUUUUAGAGAAUAAAAGACGGUAUUUUCGAAAAAGCUUCUUUCGCUGGCAACACCAUGCUACCAAAUAUUAAAACAAGCAAUGACAAAAUAAAUAGACGGAAAUGUUUUCAAUUUACAAACUUUUGAUAAUCAAUAUUAAACCGAGAUUUCUUCGCUUGGCAACGUAGACCUUGCUUUUCACAUUAUUAGUAAAUGCCAAAUAUAAAGUAAUUUGUUAAAAAAAAAAUUUAGAUAAAAAAUAAUGUUAAUAGAAUUGAAUCUUCAAAAUUUAACGCAAAUCUUCUGGACCAUCAUCUUUGUGUUAAAUUUGUAUGUAGUAUUGUUGUUGUAUCGCAUGUCAAAAAUAUACCGUACCGAGAGGAAAAUUAAAUUACUUGAGGUCGCCAACAUCAAGGAGCACAUCGAAUUUAUGCGCAGUCGUCCGGAUAAGUCCACAUCGUCCGCCUUUUCAGCGACGGGCAAUUUCACCACACGCAGCCGCUUUUUCGAACAAUUUCUAGACUCGGAACCGGCCCAGCUGCGCUCAUGCAUGCCCAUCCGUUCCAACUUCCGUUCGAACUCUUCGACCACGGCAGUCGACGAAGAUCCCGAUGAGCAGCACGAACAACGCUUCAUAACACAAAAGCAACAUCAGAGCCAUCGCACGAAACAAUUGCAAAUGGAGUUGCAACAAAACUAUCAUAAAGCACAAAAACAACGGCAUCAGCAAGAACAACUGAAGACACAACAAAAGCCGAAUCAAACGCGUUACCGCUGCGAGGGCAGUAUAAUGAGACAACAAGCCAUACCACUAAGAGAUACCAAAGUAUUUGAAGAAGCAAACACUGAAGACGCGUCUUACAACUCCAAAGUGGACGAUGAACAUACACUCUAUAUAUCGGACAGUUUCGGGCGUGUGGUGCAUGAGAUCCCAUUUCGGGAAUGUGAUUAUAUGGAUGCACUGCAAGUGGUGCUGGGUGAUCAGCGUUGGAAAAUCAAAAAAGCAUGGAGUGAACGGCCCAAUUGAGCACUGUUUUCUGUAACGAAAUAAAUUCUGCGUACUAUAUGUAUGUACUUAGGAUUAUAGGAGCUUCUCUUCGGUUUCUUAAAUUAUGUUCUGUUUUGUGUGUUGCCUUUGCGAGUACUUGUCUCGGAUAAGUUUCGGUAGUAAUAAAUGAUGAAAGUUCAGUUAGUUACACGAAUGCAUUUAGUGAAUACCUGCGAUGAGAAUAGGAAGUAGUUUCUGAGUUUGAGAUUAUGCAAAAAUUAUUAUUAUUAUUACAGCGUUUGUAACACCCACAAGGAAACGCUGGAGAUCCCAUAAAGUAGCUGAGUCGGUUUACCCAUGUCUAUCGGUAUAUACUCAAACUACUCCCUCGGUUUUUUGAGAAAUUAAUCUGAAAAUUUGUACAUAUCCUUUUUCUCUUCAAGCAGUUGUUUAUUUGUCGGAAUUUCGGAU